AUGACCGCCUCGGGGCCCUUUGCGCUUGGCCCUACGGAAAAGGCCGCGCCGAGCGGCGUGCCGCCGGUGCUCGCGCCCAAGGCCGGCGAGAGCAGCGCAGCGCCCAAGACGGUGCGCCGCGCGCCGCAGGUGCCGGCGGGCGACGAGGACGAGGAGCACACGAUCGAUAUUCACAACGUGCACGAGCUCGACGAGCAUGCGCCGCAGACGCUGCUCAAGCCUCCGCCGCAGUUCAAGCGCGAGCCGCCGCAGAUCAAGAGCGAAGGAGGCGAGCUGGAGGAUGUCGAGAUGGCCGAGGCGCAGGACGUCAACGAGGCCCAGGCGCUCGACCUGUCCGAAAGCGAGGACGAGGAGGGGGAAGAGGAGCUCGCCGGGCGCUUUGUGUCCUCCUUCCAAGAAGGCGGCUCCGAGGGGCAGACGUUUCUCUUCCAGUUCCCCCGCCCCUUUCCGGCCUUUCGCACGACCGCCGAGCCCGUGGCGAAGCCCGACGCGAGCCCGGACGUGGUCGCGGUCGACGCGCCCGACGCCACGUUGCCUCCCCCCCCGCCCGCUGGCGAGGCCGGCCGUUUGAAUAUAUACCGCAGCGGGCGUGUGGUGCUGACGCUCGGCGACGUGCCCUACGAGAUUACCGACGGUUGCGAGACAAGUUUCCUGCAGCAGGUCAUGCUCCUCGAUGCCGAGCAGCAGCGUGCGCUGUGCCUGGGCCAGCUCGAUGCGAAGCUGGUCGCGACGCCCGACCUGGCCUACCUCUUGGCGCGGCCCGAGUAA